UUUCAUCACUUGAAUACUUAGCAAUUAACAAAUAUGGCUGUGUGGAAUAUUUCAGCUCUUGUGGCCUGUGUGGUGGUGUUAGCUUUGGUGCUUCCUUCCCACGCACAAAACUCUCCUCAAGACUACCUUAAUGCGCACAAUGCAGCUCGUUCGGCAAUCGUGGGUGCAAACAUACCAGCUCUGUUAUAUGACACCACAUUAGAAGCAGAUGUCCAAUUGUAUCUCAGUACAUUGCUUGGCGUGUGCAAUAUUAACGUUGAUCUUUCAUUGAAUGGCAUCAACGUUAAAGUGAAAGAAAAUGUGUUGACUGGGCUUGAUGCUGUGAAUGCUUGGGUUAGUGAGCAGAUCUUCUAUGACUACAACACCAAUCUUUGCGUGGGAGGAGUGUGCAAUCAUUAUACUCAAGUUGUUUGGAAGAGCUCGGUUAGUAUAGGAUGUUUCAGGACACAGUGCCUUAACAAUGUGAAUCUUUGGAUUGUUGGUUGCAAGUAUAGUCCACCUGGCAACAUCAUCGGACAGCGCCCAUACUAAGCUCUACUGCGUAUCGCAAAGCUCAAAGGAGCAUGGAUGGGAUAUAUAUACAUGGUCGCUAAUAAUAAUCCCAUUAUCGUUAAUCAUUAAGUUUGCAUUGUUUUGCUCUAUUAAUAAAGUUUGCUCCUUUUCCCUCGUUAA